AAAGAAGGUGGAUUUUUCUAUAACGUCCAGAAUCUGCUGCAGCAGGAUUACCGCGGCGUAAACAUAGCGGUAUAUGCUCUGGCGACUGCUGGAUUGGCAGUGUCCAUACAUAAGAUCCGUCCGGUUAGCAAGUUUUCGAAAGCGACCAAAGUUCCGGAUCACUUCAUACGACAACAUGAACCGUUAAGGGGAGUGUACACAGGUGUGCAGCAUUCGCCUGUUCGCCUUCUAAUUGACCAUAAAGCUCCUAUAUAUUUACCGUUAUGGCAUUCCAGCAAACCGCCGCUACCAGUCAAGCUAUGGGGUGUGGACAUUGUGAGUGGCAAUGCAGUCAACUGGCUGGAGUGUGUGGCGAGAGGACAGAAUGUCACCCUGAAGCCAAUAGCAAGGGAUAAUGAUGAUCUUGUCUCCACUGUUUUAUUGCAUUUAAAACAACCUAAGACUAAAACAGUGGAGACAUUGGAUGUUGGACAAAAACUUGUAGAACUCGGAUUCGCUAAAGCCUCAGUACCUAACAAGAUAAAGAAGAAUACUGUUGAGUCACAACUAGCCGCUACUAUCUUGUCAGCAGAGGCAAAGGCAAGAAGUUUCCGAAACGGAGUGUGGUCUGAUAGUUUACCUCCUAUACCGUUCUACAUCGUGUACUGGCGAAAGGGAGCCCAACUAACAACGGAACUACUGAUUUUUACUGCAAAAAAGUUACUGAACCUUCUUGGAAUUGCUUCGAAAAGUGCCUUAGUCGGAACAAAGAAUUUGGUUCUCCGACCAUUCAAAUCAAGUCCUAAGCAAGUACAAGCAACAUGAAAGCAUUUAUCUGCAGCAAUUGUUACUUUUCUAGUGUUGAGUGGAACCAAAUGAGUUACUAAAUUCGUAUUUAUUUGGUCCCCUUCUUGUGGCUAGAGAUGAUUCUUCCAUUUAUUUAUUAGUGUCCAAAAUGUUUUUGUACAUAUUUACUGAUUGAAAAUAAAAGUUACUGAAUUAUUAA